GAAAUGAUGCGUUGGGUAAUCAUGGUGCCGCUGGGAGGUUGCCGCCGCCGCUGUUACCGGGCGCUUGAUGAGUUGUUACAUUUUAAUUUCAUGAUCCUGCACUGAAUUCUAUUAAACCAUGGGGGAAAAUAGUCCUGAUGGCAGCAUUCAUUACUAUGAAGUGGAAGAAGAUGAACUGACCCAAGAUGAUAAAAUGAUGAGGUUUGUGGACAAAAAUGGUCUGGUUCCUUCAUCAUCUGGGACAAUUUAUGACAGGACAACUGUUCUAAUUGAACAAGACCAUGGGACAUUAGAAGAUGAUGAGGAUGAAGGACAAUGUGGAGAUCACUUGCCUUUUUUACCAGAGGGUCAUGAAGAAGGAUUUCAUUUAAUAGCAGAUCAUGAAGGAAUGUCCCAGGGUUAUGUGCAACAUAUUAUUUCUCCAGAUCAGAUUCAUUUGACUAUAAAUCCUGGUUCAACUCCCAUGCCAAGAAAUAUCGAAGGAGCUACUCUCACUUUGCAAUCUGAAUGCCCAGAAACCAAGCGUAAAGAAGUUAAGAGAUACCAGUGCACCUUUGAGGGCUGCCCUCGCACCUACAGCACUGCUGGGAAUCUGCGCACUCAUCAGAAGACACAUCGUGGGGAAUACACAUUUGUCUGCAAUCAACAAGGUUGUGGCAAGGCCUUCCUUACCUCCUAUAGUCUCAAAAUUCAUGUCCGAGUGCACACUAAGGAAAAGCCGUUUGAGUGUGAUGUGCAGGGCUGCGAAAAGGCAUUCAAUACACUGUACAGGUUGAAAGCACAUCAGAGGCUUCACACAGGAAAAACGUUUAACUGUGAAAGCGAAGGCUGCAGUAAAUACUUCACAACACUCAGCGAUCUGAGGAAGCACAUUCGAACACACACAGGAGAAAAGCCAUUUAGGUGUGAUCAUGACGGCUGUGGAAAGGCUUUUGCUGCAAGCCACCACCUUAAAACACAUGUUAGGACACAUACUGGAGAGAGACCCUUCUUCUGUCCCAGUAAUGGCUGUGAGAAGACUUUUAGUACUCAGUAUAGUCUCAAGAGUCACAUGAAAGGUCACGAGAAAGGACACUUAUAUAAUGCACUUCCCAGUAACAACGUAUCUGAGGAUACAAACCACUCACUUUGUCUGAGCGACUUAAGCCUCAUAUCCACAGAUUCGGAACUGCGGGAAAACUCUAAUACAACACAUGGACGAGAUCUUAGCACAAUCUCACCAGCAAGCAUUUUUGAAUCUAUGUUCCAGAGCCCAGAUCAUACAGCAAAUCAGGAAGAUUCUCAACAGACAGCUGCCUUGAUUGAAAGUUUUAACGGUGAUGCAGACUCAGUAACUACUGUUCAGCCUUCUGUAGGAGAUUCAGCAUCUUUAUCUCUCCCACUUGUACUGCAGCUUGGCAUCUCCGAGCCUUCUCACCCAGCACUACAAACCUCCGCACCCCCUCCAGCUCCCACCUCCAUAGGAACCAGUUCACAGCAAGCUGCGUUUGGAAAUCCUGCGACUAUUUUACAGUCCCCAGAAGUGCCUGUUCCUCACAGCACACAGUUUGCAGCCAGUCACCAAGACUUUCUGCCGCACACUCAGACACCACCACAGCCCAUUGUACAAGGACUUUCAGUGGUUGCCGGAGCCUCUGCUCCAGCAGCGUCGAGUGCCACUGAGCCUCUGCCGGCUGUGGUUCAGUCUGUGCCUGUGGGUGCGAACUCUGUUCUGACAAGUAACCCGACUAUCACAAUUACUCCAUCUCAGAGCACUGCUAUUCUCCAGUCCAGCAUAGUCAUGGGAGAACAGAACUUACAAUGGAUUUUAAAUGGUGCCAAUGGAUCUCCCCACAAUCAAGAACAAAUGCCACAAGUUCCAAAGGUGGAGAAGGUCUUUUUUACCACCACAUUACCAGUGGCUGGCAACACAGGAAACUCUGUUCAGCAGAUUGGUCUCAGCGUUCCUGUUAUCAUUAUAAAGCAAGAGGAGGCCUGCCAGUGUCAGUGUGCCUGCCGAGACUCUGCCAAGGAGAAGGCAACUAGUAAGAAGGGAUGUUCCUCGCCUGACCCGAAAACUUUGGAGCAGCCAACUCUUCAGCUGCAGCCUCAGACUUUUCCUUCCUCCUCCUCCUCUUCCUGUGAGCCCACCGGUCAGAUGGCUAACCCUUCCGACUCACAGACUGAAACAUUAAGUGCCAUAGAUGUAUCAGACUUCCUGUCCCUCCAAAGCCCUGAAACCCCAUCCAAUCUGAUUCCAAUUGAAGCACUACUACAGGGGGAGGAAGAAAUUGGUUUGAAUAGCAGCUUCGCCAAGUAAAGAUGCUCCAGAUUCUUUUCCCUUGCACCUGGAGGCUAAAAUCCUCCUCCUUAGAAGCAGACACUGAAGGCUCAAGAGUUUUUUCUUUUUUUGAAGUUUUUUGGCCUACUUCUGCUUCUCGGAUGUCAUUUUAGUCACGUCCCAGGAACAUCCAUCUUUGGGAGUUGAAUCUUUAAAGAAAAAAAAAAAGAUAAAAAAGCUAAGUUAUAUAUGAACUGUUUUGGCUGCACUGUCUGUCACUUUUGCUUGUUGUCAUAUGUGAACAUGGAAGUUAAGGUUACUCGUCUGCAUAAAGAUUAUAAAAAGAAAGGGGGUUUUAGUUUGUCAGUCUCCUGUUGCACAUCAUUUUAUGUUUGGGGGUUUUGGUACUGGCAGCGAGUGGGUCUUUUGUUACAACUUCUUGGGUCUGUAAUCUCCUUUUGUCUCCUUCUGUGUCUGAUACUGACCAUGCACUAUAGUAGAGGCCCAGAGAAUGACGUUUCUCUAGCAGAAGAUGGUAUUAUUGUAGUAGGAGUUGUCUGAUCUGGAGCUUUUCUGGAGUGAUACUUUAAGAUGCUUUUGUUAUUCAUGGGAUACUUGUCCCAUCACCCCGUUAGUGGGAGGAGUUGGCUGUUUGUAUGAUGCUAACACUAAUAGCAAAGCCAACUGAAACCUUUGGGGAGUUCCUAAAGAAGAGCAUGAGGUACUUGUGCUCCUGCUGUGUUCAUUCAUUUGAUUUAAAUCAGGGCAGAGAGUACAUUUCAGGUCCAUUGCUUCCUAAUUUAGAAAUGUGGUCAGAGCCUCUGCCUAUGUAGAACCUGCUCUGUUUGCCUCUUCUUGCAGAAUGCAGUGUGGGUUUCACAUGUGGUGAUAUUGGUGCCUGUUGUUGUUUUGACCAAUCUGAUCAACAUCUGACUUUCUGUAGAAACAUGAAUCAGGCUUUAAACAUCCACAUCAAAUUCAUCAGGAGCGCAACAACUUUGCAGGUAAAUCUCUUCUUUUGUUGACGAUGAUUCCUUGUCAGCAUGUAGUAAACUAGAAUUCAGUGAGCAUGUCCUGUAACAGUCCAGAAAUGCUUCCUCUUUUCUGUUAAACUCUAUAAUCCCUGCCUGAAUCUGCCUCCAACCUGCUGUAGUGUCAGCUCUCUGUGCAUGGGGCUAUUUCUUGACUAAAAUGCAUUACACAACUUAGUAGUUUUUCAUAUCAAGCUGAAACUCUAUAUUCUAACUGACUCAGGGUAAAAAAAACCACAAACUCCCCUUCCACCAAAAAGCCUGUAAUGUUGCAAUAAAUGCAGUCUCAUGUUAAGUGGUUUAUUUAUGCUGCAUUAUUUUAAAAGAUGUAAUUUUAUAGUAUUUUAUCCCUCUGUCUGGCUUUGGCUGUGAGUCUUUUUGUGUUGAAGGAAAGAAUAUUAAAUAGUCUUUAUUCAGUUUACGGUGUUAGGUGUAGUGAUAUGACCAUAAGCCAAAUAAUGCUGAGCAACUGUGUUCAUUAGAUUUAAGGAUGCAAACUCCUGGAAGGUGGAGGCCUUUCCCUUCUCUCCCUUCGGUUUUCUUCCUGUUUACUCACAUCUUAUCAAAGCUGUGCUCAGCAUCUGUUCUUGGGGAGGAUCUUGAUAGAGCAGCCAAACCUUCCUUCUUAAUGUACUACAUUUGAGGUAAAACCCUCCAGAGAGCUGUGUAGCCUUACCAACAUCUGGCAUAUUCUUAGGCUGGGACAAUGACUUCAUCUCUCGUUCUGUCCAAUUGCAAACUGACUGCCUAGGUGCAGACAGAAUGAAUGUAAGGGGGCAGGCUUUCAGGCAGUCUGGAGCUCUCCCCCAGUUAUACAGUGUGGGAGGAUGAAGGCAUAGGGGCAGUGAAAUGGGUGACUUGUAACUGUGAAGAGCAGUGACAAUACUAGAACAGUACACUCUGUCCUGGGUAGCCUAAUGACUAGGGCUCAUGGGAUGGUAAUAGGACUGGAAAUUCCCUGGCUGCUUUUCCUUUCCUGCAAGCGUUGGCUCCUAGUGCAGUAGUGUGGGACGUACCGCAGGGUCGGGGUGCGUAUGGGUUCCUCCUACUGUUGCUGUAGCACUAAGAUUUGCAUCUGUAAAAUAUGAACUAGCAAAGCAUUGCAGUGUUUUCUUCUCUCUGUGACACCACCCCACCCUGCUGGCCAGUACUGCAAAGGGAUUGACUUGGGCUGGCAUCUCACAGCCUUCGCUCGGGGCACAGGCAGGCCAGCAGCAGUGAGGGUGGCUGUUGAACACGCAUGAAAUAGGCUUGAAUCUGUUUAGCUGAGAAUGUCUUUGCAAGAACUUCUGACAAUUGUCCAGUUUCAAAUUCUGCUUUGAAGUUGCGUGGAAGUGGGAGGGACGGGGUCAGGGCAGCAAUCUGGCAGCAGUGAGGCACUUGCACCUUUGUCUCUGGCUCUGCUUAGGUAUUUGAGAGAGAGAGAGAGAAAGUAAAAGUGUAAAAUCCCAAGUCCUGCUGGGGUCAUGGGAGUUUUGCCAUUGAGUGCAGAAGGACGAGGAUUUGGCCCUAGAUCUGAAACCUUGGGCACCUGACGGACUUGGUGGCCCUUCCUUCAGGGACACUGGGUGUGCAGUUACUCGCGUGUGUGAAUAUGUGCAUCCGACCUGGGGUGGUUCGGGAAUGGUCUAGAAUAGUGUCCGUUUAGGUCAGGCUAAGAAGGGCUCCAAGGACGGCAGAGUAGUUGGGUUUCAUCAGCACCUGGCCUGUCCCAGCACAAAGACACGUGUCCCUUAGGCAGCUGCUUUGUUAAUGUUCUUUGCUUUUUUGACUUGUGCUCUAUUUGUCUGAAUGUUAAAUUAUGCUGCAUGUGUCUAAGCACUCCCAGCGCCCUGCCCUGCCCUGCCGGCUCUGGUACUGCCCGAGACGCUGCACAAUCAAAAGCCGUGCCCAGCUGAGGGUAUCACCUGCAGACUGGUGGAGGAGCCUGCAAGUGCCUGGCAGGGAAGCGCAGCCGUCAGAGCCCCUGGCCCCAGGGCAGCUGGAGGCUUUUCCCUGACUCAAUAAAUUCACAGCAGUAUGACAAAAGGAAGGGAAGGUUUCUAUCUUUUGAGACCUGCAAAUGCCAGGUGUGACAUCAGACUCUCAGAGAGGAGUAUGCGCUGUCAGGCCCCUGAGAUUGUUGUGAACGCCCUGUACAAUGUAUACAAUUUGUGAAUUCUUUUCCAUAUCAGUCUUCACAGCAGAACUGCACUGCUCCACAUAGCUCUGUGUUUAAGUAUUUGCUGUUCGAUGGCUAAUGGAGGUUUACUUGGUUCCUAUGGCUUCUAGAUGGACACAAAACCUAAGUAGAGAACUGAUCUAAAUACCAACAUUGGUAGCUCUAGAAGGCAAGUAAGUAACCCCAGUGAUCUGACUGAACAUGCAGCUGGAGGUAGGAGAACUCACUCUUCAUGCUUGUAGUGGUAGAGGCUCCUAGGGACAGAAAGUCAGCAUUUGUUCAGGGCUGGUACUGAAUUACAUAGAACAAUGUACAAACUGGGAACUUCUGUAAUGCUGACUGUGUCCAGAAAGACUAGUUUGCAGAACCUCAUACCAGUAUCUAAAAUGCACUUUAGGUUAUUUUAUCUUUAACCCAAUUGCUGCAAUUUCUUUUGUAUAUACUUUCAGAAAGUUUAUUUUUGCUCUGAUUAAAAGUUAACAGGGGUGUGCAAAGAUGAGCACUUAUCUUGGUGCAAUACGUGUCGCUAAAGAUCAUUGUCCCAUGUGGUUGGUCUGUCUGUCUAACUGAAUUUGUGUAGUAACUAGCUCAGUGGCCUAUCGCCCUACCCUGUCUACACACACACACAAUUAUGCAUCCUUAGCAAAUGUCCAAUCUAUGCAAAACUUCCACUGAGAGCACCGUGCUUUAGCAGGCCUGUCCUCUCAAGCUUUCUGAUAAGCUGCUUGUCACUUCGGUUAGAAGUAACAGGUUGUUUUUAUUUGUUGUGUUCAUCUGUAUGUCCCCCCAAUCUUAUUUCAGAAUGAACAUGAACAGACGUGACAAACUGUUCCUAGACAGGCAUGUUGCACCUUUUAGAGUUUGUCUUCACAAUCAUUUUCGAUGUCAUGUUAUCUGCCUUACUUCGCUGAGAAUAACUCUCCAGCAGAAUCAUCAAAUGUUGUUUUUGCAACUGCAGCAACAUUGUUAACCUGUUUACAAUACUCUUCCUGUACCAGUUAGAAGCAAGCAUUGGCAAAUGAACUCCUGGCCGGCCUGCGGGUCUGGAACUGCUUGAGGGAGGGGGCACUGUUAGUUUAAGGUAUAAUUGGCCUCGGAGCUCAUAGGUGAUGGAAAAACUAGUCUCUUAUGGACAAUAUUAUGCAGGUGGAAACUGAAAUGGGAGGCAGCACAGUCCAUUGUAUAGGGCAGUGGAUUGGGAGCCAGGUAAGCUAGUCCUGACUCUGCCACUGACUGGCUGUGUGACCAUGGGCAAGUCACUUAACCUCUCUAUACCUCAGUUUCCCUCAUCCAUAAAAUGAGGAGAGUGAUGCUCAUUCACCCUUGUAAAUGCUCUGAGGUGUACGAAUGAAAAGGGCGAAGUGCGGAGUAUUACCAAUACAAGCUAGCUGGGCAGAGCAGUUAAUAAUUAGUCAAUUGGGCUUUGAGGCAAAAACAACCAUUUCUUUAACACAACACAUUUCUGACUGCAUUGUUUUUAAUUGUAUUUUUCCUCAAUAUAUUUUGGAAACAAUGUCGAGUUUUUAUAAAUGUUACUGUAGUCAUUACUCAUGGACAGGGCUGAACUUUUAACUUUUUUGCAUUGUCUUGAUAUAAAUCAUAUGUUCUAGAAGUUGGAUUCUGUGUCUGCACUGAGAAAUGCAAACUAAACUGGAUAUUUAUGUAGUAGCAUACAUAGUCUAAAUGUGUGUGUUCUUGGAACUAGUUUAAAAAUCCCACACCAUGCUUUUGAUGGUGUGCAAGCUGGCCAAAAUUUGGUUCAUUAUGCAGUGUACACUUUCUCAACUAAAUGCAGUUUCUACUUUUUCUUACGAUAAAUUUUUUUCAUAUGAUCUUUUUCAGCAAAAUCAAGGGUAUGUUUUUGCAGUCUCGUAGCUACAGUAGCUGGCAUUCAAAGGUUUUCCUUGCUCUGUAGCUUUGUGUCCUUCCACCUGCUUAUAAAGUGAAGCUAUUCAGUUGACCCUUAUUUUGAAGAGAAAAUAAGAGCUGACAUUUUGCUUUAUUUACACAGACUAGCAUCAGUUAGGAGGGCAGGGAGCUGCUGGUUAGUUAUUGAGCAUUUGCUUCAGCAUUGAUCGCUGCAUAAUCUUCAGACCAGCAAAUCUAGGAAGAGUUUAGGAUGUUUAUUUACUGCUUGUGUUUUACACGUACUGGGAGCCGGGCAAUGGUCUUGGAGAUGAUUUUAAAAAACAAACACAUCAAUUUCUCAAGUGUGUGUGUAUGGUAUUAAAGGAAUUUAUUUAACUAUGAAACAUGGGAACAAAUGUACUUGCAUUGAGCAACAUGAAGAUGUUAGUUACAGGUACAGUACUUCCAAAGGAAGAGCAUCUCCAAAACCCAAAAAAGAGUAAAUAUGAAUUUGUAUUUUUGAAGAAUGUAAAAUGUGAAAUAAUGGUGUUUGCUUAAUUGCUCAUUUUGUAUAAAGUUAAUAUUGUACUUUGAAAUAUCUGCUAAGAAGUGGAAAUUAACAUUUUUUGGAAUUGAAAGCAAUAUUAAUACUAAUGGAAUCCUAAUUAAAUGCUUAUUUAAA